GUUGGCCUAGCCUAGCCUGAGAUCGAUGGGCUUAUAACGGGACAGUAGCAAACAGUGCAAAACUUGCAAAGUCCCAAUUAAAAUGGGGCAUGUGUGGUCUGCAUACGUGACUAGUCCGGACACUGCUCCUGAUCUGCACAAAUUACCAACUUUUAAUCCACUUUAUGGGUUCCCAGAGGGUAGAGAAGAAAGGGUGAUGAUUGCAACGCAGGAGGAAAUGAACAAAGCUCAAGUCCCUCUGGAUCGCAGAGAUUACUGUGCUCAUCUCUUCAUUGCGUGGUAUAAGUGUAGAAGAGACAACUUCCCCAACGUGUUUGCCUGCAAGCAUUCAAAACAUGACUAUGAACACUGUGAAUAUGGAGAUUUUGUGAUGCGUAUGAAGGAGUACGAACGAGAGAAGCGAUUGCUAGCACGGGCUAAGAGGAAGAGGCUACGAGAGGAAAAGGAAAAGCUCAAAGAUUGAAACAAAGUUGCUUUUAUUGUUUAGAUGUGUGUGUUUAGUAAGAUUUCAAAAAAAAAAGAAACAUGAAAACAGAUUUUCAAGGAAGUUUAAAGUUCAGUUGAAGAUUGAAAUUGAAUUAAAGAGAACUUAAGAUGAUGCCGUUCAUGAUUCUGGAAUUUGUUGGAAAAGACAUGGGGAGAGAUUGCAUACAUUGUAUUAAAUUGGAGGGGAUUGCUUGAUUGUGAUGUUACAUGUGUAUCAUAUUGCAUCAAUUGUCAUUUCUUUGACUGUGCCACUUCUUGAGUAACUUUAUAAUGUUGUGUGCUGAAACUAUCUGCCAAUAAGUGAAUCAGACAUUUGUUCAUCACCCAUGUCAUCAGAUAUACUCAGUUUUAAACAUAUUAAACAAUUGUUGCAGUGGGUCCACAGGAUGAAUAGAUUCGAACCAUCUUAUUGACAAACAUAUAAUUUUUGUUUGCUGUAUUUUCACCAAUGACACCUUCCCUGUUGUGCAACUUCUACUAGGUUUUUCUAGCACAGUUGUGCUGUGAAGAAUGAUAUCCCUAGUGUAUCCUUUGUGUUUGAAGCAUGAAAUGAGUCAGAUAAUAAAGACAUUUUAGUUGUACAAGUUCAA